CGCAGUGUGGCUGUACGUGCGAACACCCCCGCAGCAGCAGCGAACGCAGCGCGAAUCCCCCGCACUCGCCAAAGAAAGGAAAAACCACCAAAAAACCCGAAAGGAAAAAAAAAAAUCCCAUCCGAUAACCUGAGGAGCAAAGGAGGGAAAGUUGUGCCUGUCCCUGUGCACCGGAGGGUGCCCACCAGUUGAUUUUACAUCCCGCCUUCUCCGGCUUUUCGUGAUAUAUUUUAUUUAUUUUCCGCAACAGGGAAUAAACAGCUUGUCCUUGCUGCAGGAUGAAUUAGGAAGGCCAAGCCUGUUCCUCUGAGCCAUGGAGACCAGGGCAUCCUUCAUUGCCAGCAUGAGAGAGACCCAGCAGCUCUCCCCAGAGCAGGAUCCCAGCCCAGCCAAUGGUGAUGGGGAGCACUUUGAUUCAGAUGAGGGCUCCAGCAUUGAGGAUGCAGACUUCAACUGGGACGAGUUCCUGGAGGAAACAGGAGCCAGUGCUGCUCCCCACACCUCCUUCAAACAUGUUGAAAUCAGCCUUCAGAGCAGCUUCCAGCCAGGGAUGAAGCUGGAGGUGGCCAACAAGAGCAGCCCAGACACGUACUGGGUGGCGACCAUCAUCACCACGUGCGGGCAGCUGCUGCUGCUGCGCUACUGCGGCUACGGCGACGACCGCAGGGCUGACUUCUGGUGUGACGUGAUGACAGCAGACCUGCACCCCGUGGGCUGGUGCACGCAGAACAACAAGGUCCUGAUGCCCCCAGAGGCAAUCAAGGAGAAAUACAUGGACUGGACAGAGUUCCUCAUCCAGGAUCUGACCGGCGCCAGGACGGCCCCUGCCAAUUUGCUGGAAGGUCCUCUGCGAGGAAAAAACCCUGUAGACCUCAUUACAGUUGAUUCCUUAAUAGAGCUGCAGGAUUCCCAGAAUCCCUUUCAGUACUGGAUAGUUAGUGUGGUUGAAAAUGUUGGAGGAAGAUUACGCCUUCGCUAUGUGGGAUUGGAGGAGACUGAAUCCUAUGACCAGUGGUUGUUUUACUUGGAUUGCAGACUUCGACCAGUCGGGUGGUGUCAAGAGAAUAAAUACAGAAUGGACCCACCUGCAGAUAUCUAUUCUCUGAAGACUAUAACUGAGUGGAAAUGCGCUCUGGAAAAAUCCCUUAAUGAUGCAGCAAAUUUUCCUCUUCCAAUGGAAGUGUUCAAGGACCAUGCUGAUUUGAGAAACCACUUCUUCACUGUGGGGAUGAAGCUGGAGGCAGUGAAUAUGAGGGAGCCAUUUCAUAUCUGUCCUGCAUCAGUGACCAAGGUUUUUAACAAUCAUUAUUUACAAGUGACCAUUGAUGACUUGAGACCUGAACCCAGCAAAAUCUCAAUGCUUUGCCAUGCAGAUUCCUUGGGGAUCUUGCCAAUACAGUGGUGCCUUAAAAAUGGAGUCAAUCUCACACCUCCCAAGGGUUACUCUGGCCAGGACUUUGACUGGGCAGACUACCAGAAGCAGUGUGGAGCUGAGGCAGCACCUCACAUGUGUUUUAGAAAUACAUCCUUCAGCCGUGGCUUCACCAAGAACAUGAAGCUGGAGGCAGUGAACCCCAGGAACCCUGCAGAGAUUUGUGUGGCCUCCAUCACCUCGGUGAAAGGACGGCUGAUGUGGCUACACCUGGAAGGUUCACAGAUGCCCUCUCCAGAGUACAUUGUUGAUGUGGAGUCCAUGGACAUUUUCCCUGUUGGCUGGUGUGAAGCAAAUGCUUAUAACCUCACCCCACCACACAAAGCUGUUUUGCGAAGGAAGAGGAGAAUUGCAGUUGUGCAGCCAGAAAAACAGUUACCAUCCACAGUGCCUGUUGAGAAAAUACCUCAUGACCUCUGCCCAGUUCCUCAGCUAGACACAACAGGCACCAUCAAUGGGAGGUACUGCUGCCCUCAGCUCUACAUCAACCACCGCUGCUUCUCAGGUCCUUAUUUAAACAAAGGCAGGAUUGCAGAGCUACCUCAGUCUGUGGGGCCUGGCAAGUGUGUGCUGGUCCUCAAGGAGGUUCUCAGCAUGGUGAUCAAUGCAGCUUACAAGCCAGGGAGUGUUUUACGAGAACUGCAGCUUGUGGAAGACCCUCAGUGGAAUUUCCAGGAGGAAACACUUAAAGCAAAGUACAGGGGGAAGACGUACAGGGCGACGGUGAAGAUCGUGCGCACGUCGGACCAGGUGGCAGAUUUCUGCAGGAGGGUCUGUGCCAAGCUCGAGUGCUGCCCCAACCUCUUCAGCCCUGUGCUGGUGGCUGAAGUCUGCCCUGAGAACUGCUCCAUCCAUACCAAAACCAAGUACACUUAUUAUUACGGGAAGAGGAAAAAAAUCAUUAAGCCACCAAUUGGGGAAAAUAACAACAUGAAAGGUGGCCAUGUCAAGCCAGCCAGACGCAGAAAGAGGCGGAAAUCCAUCUUUGUGCAGAAGAAAAGGAGAUCAUCAGCUGUGGAUUCCAAUGCUGCAGGCUCUGCAGAGGAGAGCGAGGAGGACGAGGCGGACGCGAUGGAGGACGAGACGGGCAGCGAGGAGACGAGCUCGGAGCUGCGCGACGACCAGACGGACACGUCCUCGGCCGAGGUGCCCUCUGCCCGGCCCCGCAGAGCCGUCACCCUGCGCGCCAGCGCCGAGCUGGACAGGCCCCCUGUCCCCGAGAGAGCCCGCCGCAGCCGCAGGGCCCAGCCCCACUCCGGCAGCGAGGCCGACAAGGGCACGCCAGCCAAGGAGGAAAUUAAGCCAGAAGAGGAAGAGAAGCUCGUCCUGGACAGUAACCCACUCGAGUGGACUGUGACUGAUGUUGUGAGGUUUAUUAAACUCACUGACUGUGCACCCCUUGCCAAAAUAUUUCAGGAGCAGGACAUCGAUGGCCAGGCCCUCCUGUUGCUGACUCUGCCCACGGUGCAGGAGUGCAUGGAGCUGAAGCUGGGCCCAGCCAUCAAACUGUGCCACCAGAUCGAGAGAGUCAAAGUUGCUUUCUAUGCACAAUAUGCCAACUGACUGCACUUCUGCAUUCCUCCUUGUCCCCCUCCUUGUUCCU